AAUUCUAUGUAUUUCCAUAGCAAUGCCUCGCAAAAACUCUGCGUCAUUCAGUAGCGUGGAUUAUAAAAAAUCGAAAUCCUCCAAGCAGACUCCAGAGAUUGAAUUCAUACUCGAGUCUUCGAGAUCUCAUGAUGGAAUCGUCAAACAUUUACCCCCUAAUGGGCGUCGACAUAGCUCUGCCAUGCCCUCUUUCUCAUGCAAAGAGAGACUAUCGUCAUGGCAACGUUUUGAUGAUUCCGAUGAAGCAGCCAUCGAGGAUUCUGGGAAUUAUUCCAUGGAUGAGCGAUCACCAAUAGAAUUGCUUGUGAACGAUGUCAAGUGUGACUUCACAGUAGGAGAAGACAAUGAAGAUGAUGAAAAUCAUUUUGAUGUCAUAAGCUGGUGUUCUGAUGAAUCUGUUUUCUCCGAUUCAAACUCUGAGGUGGUUGUUUCAGAGAAAACUGGCCACCAGCUGUCGCCGUUGAGUCGGCCCAAAUUGCGGAGUGGAAGUUUGGGGGUGUUGGAGGUGUCGUCUAUCAAAUCAAAUCCAUUUCUACUUCAGGAUCAGAAAUUGAAUGGUUCCGAAAAUGUAGGAAAAGAUAAAAUUUUAAAACGUAUCAGCAAAAAAUGGGAAGAUAAUGGAAUACUUAACGAAUCAUUGUCUGAUGAUUGUGAUGUUAACAAUGGGAUAUUAUUUCGAAACAAUGGUCUUAAAUCUCCAAAGGUUGUAAUUCAACCAAUAGAAUCAGAAGACGAACAUUUUGAAUUUGACGGGAACAAUAACCGACCAAAAGAUUCUAUUUCUUUAUCGUCCGAACUUUUAACUUGGUAUAACGAUAUUCCCCCCUCUGGAAAAUCAGCGUCUCUUCCGAGGAAACUCCCCCCACCUCCUGCUUCACCACGUUCCAGACAUAGACUCCCCACAUCACCCUCCGCAAAUCCAGUAUCGGCGUCUUACACUCAGAAGAUCUCCCCACUUUUCUUCGAUAACUCAUUUGUGACGAAUAAAGGCCAAUCUCCUGGGCUUCACACUGUCAAAGGUCAUCGUCACGGUAACAGCAAUAAACAAUCAUCGCUAUAUCGUAACUAUAGUGACAUUGUUAAUAACAGAGACGAACUAUUACCUAACAAUUCUGUUCGCCGUAACCGUAGCGACGUUUCUGUACGUUCAUCACCAAACAGUCCGAACAAAAGUGCAACUUUACCCCCGUCACAUCGUUUGUCCCCAAAUCGAACUCAUUCCUUACAAUAUAGUGCAAGUGACUGUUCCAGUCGUAGCCAACCUUCUUCACCUGGGAGUCACGUACGACGUACAUCUUCCUUGCUGUCGAGUCCUUCGUUUUCACGGAAAAAAGCGAGCUCCUAUAAAAACCUCGGUGGUUCUUCCUCAUUAAACCAACCAGGAUCAAAGUUUGAAGUUCAGAGUUCACGUAAAAGUAAUAAAGGUUCACGCAAACGUACAGAGUGGAGACCGGUGGAAGAAAUGACAAAUUACGAGGGGUAUUACCCUGACGAAAGUUCCGAUGGGGAGGUAUCCGAGCCCUCUAGCGGAACAAACGAGCAUCACCAUAAAAGUUUCGACUCCGUUGUUUUUCAUGUUUUGAAAGUUUCGCCAGAAGAUUUUGCCAGUCAGUUGACUUUGCUUGACCUGGCCGCAUUCAGAGAGAUCCAGCCUCAAGAAUUAACAGGUUGCGGCUGGAUAAAGAAGGACAAACAUGAAAUUGCUCCGAACGUCGUGCAGAUGACGCAACGUUUCAAUAAUACAAGUUUUUAUGUCGUACAUGAGGUACUCCAUGCUCAAACGUUAAAAAUACGAGCCGAAGUCGUCACACAUUUUAUUCGAAUUGCGAAGAAAUUAAACGAUUUGAACAAUUUACACAGUCUGAUGGCCGUAGUGAUGUCUCUGAGUUCUGCACCGAUACAUCGACUCACAAAGACAUGGGGGAUUGUGAACAAACACUACAGAGCAACAUUUGAUCGGCUAAGGAUUUUGAUGUCGGAGGAAAAUAAUCGAAUGAAUUUACGGAAGCAUAUAGAAGGGAUUAAGCUACCCUGCAUUCCGUAUUUAGGUUUAUAUCUUGGGGAUUUAAUAUUCGUUGACUCCGCCCAUCCAGAUACUGGCGGACUCGAACCGCAUGAGCGAACAAAUAAGAUGAAUAAUAUUCUGCGAAUUUUAGCGGAAUUCCAGCAAUCUCAAUAUGAUAACUUAAGAGAAAUUCCCCACAUCAAAAAUUUCCUUCAAUCCGUGAAAUAUAUUGAGGAAUUGCAACGAUUCGUCGAAGACGACAAUUACAAGCGAUCUCUAAAAAUCGAGCCAAAGCAAUCAAAUACGCCGCACAAAGGAUUAAAUGCAUCGCGGGAGGAGUUAGCGUUACCGACAGACCACACCCUCCCUCGUAGAUCAAUGACCCCCCCAACCCAACAACUGUUCAAACCGGGACAUCGGAAAUCACAUAGCCUUGGACGGGACAUCAGGCCACGUACAGAUCCAGCUAAACUACAUAAAAGACGUUCUUUUGCAAGACUGAAAUCACGAGACUUUGGCGCAUCAAACGGAGCCUCGCCAUUGCAACCACCUCAACUCCACAGAGUACAAUCAUCUCCUGACCAAAGCGGGAGUCUACCAAGAAGUGCUCAGCAAGUCGGGCCGGCACAUUUGCCUGUUGUCAUGACAACCUCUCUCCUAGACGACAGCAUCAUAUCACCGGGGGCGCAAACGGGUCUCCCUAGCAACAGCGGGUCCAUCGGGAGCAGCCGUUCAAAUUCGGGGUCAGAAUUUAGUGACGAUACGUCAUGGAAUGGCAUCAGUGCUUCAGAGAGUCGGAUGGAUCUGGGACGUAUUUUAUUUGAAGGAUGUUUGAGAAGGAAAACAGUUCUUAAGAAAGGAAAGAAGCCACCUAUGCCUUCAUGGACAAAGUUCUGGGUUUGUCUUCACAAGUCGCAACUUCUGUUUCAUUCAGCUAAAGGCAUAAGGGCGAAUGAGAGACAUCAUUUCAAGCAACAUCCGUGCAAAAUGAUUGUUAUACACGAGUGGAUGGUGCUUUGCUCAGAUGACCCUUCCAAACUCGAUGCUUUCCAACUUUCGAACCCAAACCAGGGAGAUAUAUACAGGUUCCAAUGUGAUUCCAAAGAAGUCGCCAUGGUUUGGACUCGGAGGUUGCAGGAAGCAAUUAAAGGAAAUGUACAGCCGGAAAAAGAUCUCAUAAAUUUGCACGACACAUGAACAACAAGAAUGAAGCACACUGCCACUGUCAGAAUAAAUAUUUUUAUAUUUAAUAUUGGUCUUCCUAUCUAGUUUGUUUGUUUUUUAUAUUUUAACGAGUUUUGGUAAUUAGUGAAAAGACCGAAAAGACGUUAUGACCAAGGUCUCGGACAUUACAACGGUGGGUACAACAUUGUUCCAACAACAAGAAUAUAAAUUUUCGUUCGCCCAUCCGAACGAGGCUGAUAUUUCAUGAGAUAUAAGGGACUACUGUUAUUUGAAGAGGCCAAUCGCUCCCCGCUUUGUUUUUGCUUGCGCGAUUUAGCAGUGACAAUCAGGGACCAGCACCAGUGUUCCCUCUAAGGUGUACGUGUGUGCACGCGCACACAGACGUAUUUCGAUGUAAUGUUACAAUGUUCUCGGUUGGCAGGUUGACAAAGUUUGUUAUUGGCCCACCCAUUACCUGGUUAGAAUGCCAAAAUUUCUUCAUUGGUUUUUGCACAAAUAUUAGUCAUUUCCAAAAAAGUGCGCACACACCAAAAUUUCUGCGCACACAUACUACAAAAAAUUAGAGGGAACAUUGACCAGCACCAACCGUUCGUUGUCAUGAUAGUUAGCAAACCUUAUCUUUUCUCAGAGCUAACAAGUUUGGCUUUUUUCUGAAAUAAGGGAACCUGUUAUUAGAGAGUCCAAUACAAAAGAAAACAAGUUCUAAACAUUUUUUAAUCCCAAUUCCAAAUCAGGAAAGACGCCGGUCCUCCCAAAUAAUUUCACCUUCGUACAUAUCGUUAGAUAUAAAUGAAAGCAUUGUUUAGAGCAGGGGUUCCCAAGCUUUUUUCAGGACGACUUUCAAGUGUCCAGUGCGACCCCAGGUCAAUAUAUUUCAUGAAACUUCAAGCUUCUUUCACUGGACUUUGAGUUUGGUCUUGUGGUGGUAUAAGGUAAAAUAAGCUAAAACCAAAUAAUGAUGUCACAAUAAGCACCCACAUUUUCUAAGCGUGGAGGUUGCCUAUGAACCUGUUUUACAGUAAGCCACGGUACAAACUGCUAAAUUUAACAUGGUUUGUCAAAUCUUAUAUGUUUUGUACAUCCAUCCUCUACCAUACCUCACCGACCUGUUUGUGACCCUACCUACAUAUCACUCCGACCCAAUUUGGGGUCGCGACCCCUGGUUUGGGAACCCCUGGUUUAGAGAGAAAAGGCGUGAAUGGCCGUCGUUUAAAAUAAAGUAGGGGAGUAAGCUCGCAAAACAUGGAUGGGUUACUUUUUAUGCUCUAAAAACAGCUCUGUAAAAGCAGAAAAAAAAAGCAAAAAUUGUAAAAAAGUGCCGAUGAAAUAGUCGUUACUAUGAGAACAUCCAUGCAAAAAUACAAUUACCCUUCUGGCUGUCUUUUCGUUCUUUUCACUGAUUUCUGAGACUUGAUUCCGCUGCUUAUUUCUUUAUGUUUAGUUAUCUAUUUUAAAUGUUUUUGGUUAAAAUUAGGGUUGCCAGAUUUUGAAAAUGGGGAUUGCUUGAAAAUAUGUUUUUCAAAAUUGAAAUAUUCUAAUAAUGACUGAUUGAAAUAACAACUUUUUAGGACCAACAACAACUAUUUCUCAACAGAAACUAUUUUAUAAAAUACUUUUCAAUCAGCUUGAAAAAUUCUGUUCAAGCUUACAUUCCAAAGUCUGAUCAACGGGUAAUUCACAAAAUUUUUGUUCCUAACAACUAGAAAGCUUGGUGCUUUUCCAACAUCAAAAUUUUAAAUAAUUUGCACAUUCUUUUGCUACAUAGUUUAUUAUAUAGUUAUUAGUUUGGGUCUGUGGGACCAACUUCUUUCCCUAUUCUAUGUUUUUGCAUCGCUCGAUUUAUAUAAUGCAAGAAUACAGUAGCAAAAAUGACUAUUUAAGGACUUCAAGUCAAAAGGGCAACUGUUGAAAUUUUAAAAUAUUUCUUGAAAAAAUUGAAUUUGAUGCUUAUUAAGCUAAUAUCUAAUAAUAGAUUGAAGUGAUAUCAGCCAAAGUAUUUUGAUUAAAUUUUACAGAAGUCUGAAAAUCAAAAUGUUUUCCUCACUUUGUGCCCUUUUGUGUUGAAGUCCUGACAUUCUAGGUGAUUCAAAAUGCUUGCUUACUGCACCUUACCGCUAAUGAAUUUCUACAUCGUAACAGAAAUACAUUUGUGAUUUUUAAUAGAAAUAUUUACUAUUCUAAGUGAUUUAAGAGUUUCGCUGCACAAUCUGAGGCGCGCAAAACUUUUCUUAAUUUGGAAAUAAUAAUGGAAAUUUCUAGAUUAAAAAAUUGGUCUCUCACACCUAACCCUUUGAAAAUUCUGACAGCAGCUCCGAACUCUGAGAAAAUCUCAUUUUGUAUGUUGUACCUUCUUUAAUAAGACUGUUAAAAACGCUAAACUGAAUGUUUCUAAAGUUUUUGUUGAGAAUUUGCCUUCAAUUUUCACUGGUCUGGUUACUUGACCAUGUCAGGUAUGGGAAUAUUUAGCCAGUUAUUUCAGAUGCAUGGAAUUAAAAACACUGCUCAAAUCCUGUGGAAGCAUGACAAACUCUGAUUUCACAACCCACUGUUCGAAUGGGGAAGCAGGGAUAAAUUCAUUCAGGCUCGGGCCUUACUCGUUUUAUUGGUGCUGCACCAUUGUAGAACAUUUCUCCUCAUUUGUACCAUUAUGACAUCAUAAAUCAGACUCAUACCCCCUCUGAAACAACAACUCAAUCAGAUAUAAAGUUUACUAUCUCUUGUUGACAGCUUGCCUCGUUCAGAUCGAAGGCAUAAAACGCCAGUGGUUCCUAUCGCUAAUUGUUGAAAUGCUGUAUUUUUCCGCCAUUUUCUGCCUGUAUUUUGUUAUGACUGAUUCAAAUUGUAUGAUUGAAUAUGACGUCACUAUUGUUGCAUUUUUUCUAUAGUUGCAUCACAAUUGUAGCACUGUAUCUAUGAAGCUUGUCCGAAUGUACUUUUCCAUCCUCGCUUGACGGCCACCGGUUAUUUUUUAUGUGCCAUGUUUGUAGAGGAAACAAAUAUUGGGGGGGGGAAUAAUAUAAGAAAUAUUAUAUAUAAGACAUGAUAAUUAUGGCGCGUUUUACAGGGAAAACGUGAAUGGAUAAAAAUGGUUUAUGAUAUAAAACACUAUGGCGGGAUAUAAUGUGAUGUCAUAUUUGAAAAUGUGACAUAACAGGGAAAUGAGAUAGAUCACUGACUCGUGGCAUGCACGUUUAAGACAGAAAAAUAUGUCAUACGAUAAAAUAUGAUGUCACAAUUACAAAAUAUGAUUUCAUAACACUUUUGAUAGUAUUUGGCUGACUGAGUUGACAUCUCAGGUUUCUGAGAGUCCACUGCCUGACCCAGGAUACAAUAAAUUGGAAAUAUUUGAUACCUCUAUCUAUGGGGGGGUGAACACCUUUAUUCCCUUGAAGUUUCAAACACCCUCAUCAGGUGGUGUGACACCACACUUGAAUGUAUUUGAGUAUCCAGAAAAUGUGGUAUAUAGCUGUGUAGAUGAUAAGACAAAUACAAAACCCCCUUUUUUUGUGUUACAAAUAUCGCCAAUAGCAAAAUAAUUGCCCCCCCACCCGCCCCGCCCCCUCA